CAACAACAUCCUACUCUGGUUUUGAAGAUGAAAUAAUUUUUUUCCUCUAAAGCAGAAUCACUCAAGCGGAUGAGACUGGCUAAAACGGGAAGUUAUCACACAGGUGUAUCGCAGCAUCUCAAAGCUUCAUUUGAAAUAGCUUUUAUGAUAGCAAAGCAAAAGAAACCUCCUACUAUAAUUUUAGGAGGAGAUGCAGAGCAAAAAAUUAAAUCUAUUUCUCUUUCGAAUAGCACAGGAAAGCGUAGAAUCGAUGACAUUGCAGCAGACACAAAGUCAGAAAUAAUUAACAAAGUAAAAUUAUCGCCACUUGUUGCCGUUAGUUGCGAUGAAUCUGCGGAGAUAUCAUUCAAGAAGAGAUUUUGUACUCUCAAUCUUUGA